UCAAGCUCACUGUACAGCUAGUGCUGGUUUUUAACAACUGGUUUCCUGCCUUCACCUCCCAAGUGCUAGGAUUAUCAGUGUACACCACCAUAUCCAGCUGUUGAAGGUGCGUGUUGUUGCAAGAAGAGAGGGGGAAAAAAAGCUGAAUUGCCGUGACUCAGGCCUAUAAUCCUAACACCCGGGAGCCUGAUGCAAAAGGAAUGCUGUGGACUCACAUUAUUGUCCCAGCUGCUUAGAAAACAUGCCAUCAGCUGAAGCCAAAUUAAAAAAGAAUAGAUGUGCCAACUGCUUUGACUGUCCUGGAUGCAUGCACACUCUUUCUACCCGGGCAACGAGCAUCUCCACACAGCUUCCAGAUGACCCAGCCAAAACCACCAUGAAGAAAGCCUACUACUUGGCCUGUGGGUUUUGUCGAUGGACUUCUAGAGAUGUGGGCAUGGCAGACAAAUCUGUGGCUAGUGGCGGUUGGCAAGAACCAGAAAAUCCUCACACACAACGGAUGAAUAAGUUGAUUGAAUAUUACCAGCAGCUUGCUCAGAAGGAAAAGGUUGAACGAGAUCGCAAGAAACUGGCACGGCGUAGAAACUAUAUGCCUUUGGCUUUCUCGCAACACACUAUUCAUGUAGUGGACAAGUACAGUCUCGGAACCAGGCUUCAGCGACCACGAGCUGGUGCAUCCAUUAGUACUCUUGCUGGACUUUCCCUUAGAGAAGGAGAAGACCAGAAGGAGGUAAAGAUUGAGCCUGCUCAGGCCGUUGCUGAAGUGGAGCCUCUGCCUGAAGACUAUUACACGCGACCAGUGAACUUAACGGAAGUGACCACCCUUCAGCAGCGCCUCUUACAGCCUGACUUCCAGCCAGUCUCUGCUUCACAGCUCUAUCCUCGACACAAGCACCUUCUGAUCAAACGGUCCCUGCGCUGUCGGAAAUGUGAACAUAACUUGAGCAAGCCAGAAUUUAAUCCAACAUCUAUCAAAUUCAAAAUCCAGUUGGUUGCUGUCAAUUAUAUUCCAGAAGUGAGAAUCAUGUCAAUCCCCAACCUUCGCUACAUGAAGGAGAGCCAGGUCCUCCUGACUCUUACAAAUCCAGUAGAGAACCUCACCCAUGUGACUCUGUUGGAGUGUGAAGAGGGGGACCCUGAUAAUAUCAACAGCACUGCUAAGGUGGUGGUGCCUCCCAAAGAGCUUGUUUUAGCCGGCAAGGAUGCAGCAGCAGAGUACGAUGAGCUGGCAGAGCCCCAGGACUUCCAGGAUGACCCUGACAUCGUAGCUUUCAGAAAAGCCAACAAAGUGGGCAUCUUCAUCAAAGUCACCCCACAGCGAGAGGAAGGUGAAGUGACCGUGUGCUUCAAGAUGAAACAUGAUUUUAAAAACCUGGCUGCCCCCAUCCGCCCUAUGGAAGAAAGUGACCAGGCCACAGAGGUCAUCUGGCUCACUCAGCAUGUGGAACUGAGCUUUGGCCCUCUUCUUCCUUAAAACAAAGUCAGCUGGUAACUCUGUAACAGUAUGGAAGCUGCCGCUUCAUUAGACGUGUUUAUAAAGAUGUACCCAUCACUACUAAAUCCUGUUCCUAGGAGUGGAGGCCAGGCCAGGAUUGGGAGCACAGGGUCACUGCUGUUCCACUUCCUGGUGACGCCAGGAAGUCUGUGUCUCCCACACUGAGCCCUGUACGUUUGAGUACCAGCCUAACUCCAUCCCAGUGAAAUGGGCGUUCCUCUGAGGGGCAUUCAAUUUACUCUCUGAGAAAUGGGCCUCGUACCUGUCACAGUUUGACCUGAAAACCUUAGAGUGAUAAUCCAGAGAAGACCUGCCGUUUGUGCCCCAGCAUUGACCUCUGUUCAACUGCUUUCGGCCUUCCAUUAAGGGUAACCUAGUAAUUAGAACCCUUUACUUGCCGAGGCUCUCACUUUGCCGUUGUUUUCCAUGACAGAGAAGUAGGAUUGUCACGGUGUCUCUCUGAUGACAGGACACGACUUUCUUAAGGCACUCCAUCUGUCUCCUGUGAAGGACUACAGUAUACCUACCAGUUGCCCUCAUUUCCCUCAGUAGUCUUUAAGACUUUAAGAUUUGAGUCACAAGCAAUUACAUAUCAGAAGUUCCAUUUGUUUUAACAUUGCCAUAAUAUUCAGGGGCUAAUGCUGCCACAGGGAGACAGUUUUGUUUUGUUUUGUUUUGGGGGUGGGUGGAUUUUGUUUGUGUUUGUUUGGUUUUGGUUCUUUCUUUCCCAUUUGUUUUUUCAUGUAGGUUCCCUCCAUGUAACUCCAUAUGUAUACCAAGCUAACCUUGAACUCACCUGCUAGGAGUAAAAACACUUGUCACCCACCCAGCCCUGUGCUCUGUUGUGUAGUUCAAGGAAUGUCCUCAUGUUUCGGGGUUUAGCAAGAGAGCCAAGACAGUUUAAAUGGACAUACUCACUUCUGGGGUUCAGAGAACAUUUUAAACUUUGACUUUUUAGCAUGAUACAAGCUAACGUUUUUCCACUGAGCUGAAGGAGAACUAUCAGUCUCUUAAAUCCAAUACUGGAUGUCAAAAAGAGCCUUUCCCUUGGCAGGUGUAAGACUUCUUGUGCUGGAUCAGUGAGACCAUGUUGCUUGUAAGCCAUAGCAGUUGAGCAAGGAGCCAGAGUGCUGCUCUAACCCAGACAUGCCAUUUCUCUCAAGUACUAACGUUGAGUUGCAAACCUUGAUUUCUGGGAUGUUUCCUAAAACGAGUUGAAAGUAGACCAGCUGCACCAUUUCCUUAAAGUGUUCCUAGCACAUGGCCAACAGACCUUGGAAGAAGCUCCUGUUUACAAACCCCGCUUUGGGUUUCAUUUUCAGUCUUCAGGAGCUUUGGUUUGGUUUGUUUUAAGGGAUAGAGAAUCUGGACUACAGACAGAAAUAGUCUCUGUUAGUUCCCCUUAAAAGAGGAAACUAGGAAGCUAUUGGAAGACACUAUCUUAUUUAAGAUCAAGCCAAUUUCAUGAAACAAUAUUCUCACAAAGUAAUAUAUUUACCUCAGUAUAAGAAGAAAAUACUGGUCUCCGAUGUUAUGGGAACAGUAACUAAUGUUUAACCUCAUAGAAGCUGGAGCAAGGAGUUUGGUAAUUACAAGUUUCAAACUACAGAAAGUGAUUUUUUUAUAAUUUCACAAAGCCUCAAGUCCGAGCCUUCUGUGAAACCCUUCCUCAGUGUCUGCUUGGGUUGGGGGAAAUCUAAGUGCAGAUGGCUUCAUAAGUCCACACAAUUGUGAAGACAGGCACAGCUGUCUGCAUGCCUUUAUGCAGUGAAACUGAUACUCCCUAGAAAAUGUUGACGUAUGGGUCUACUCCUGGGUGACAACCACAAAAACACUUCUGAACAUACAAUUGCUGUUUAAGAAGUUAGGUUAACUUACAAAUAACCACUGUCGGCUGUUUCAAGGUGAGUGUAGUGUGAGCUGGUCUUGCGUUCUUAGAAAAGGUUCAACACCGGCAGCUGGUGAAUUAGGAGUUGCACUGAUCACCCUUCUGGUAUUAGAUCAGGUGCAGCUGUAGCUGGUGAAUUAGAAAUUGUGUCUGUUGCCCUUCUGAUAUUAGGUCAGUGCAGGGUUUUUAUUACUAGUCAGUGUGCACCAGGACACAAGAGUCGGGAGUCCUUAGCACUUGAAACUACAAUUUGGAAACUUAAAGCUAAGUUACUUUGGGUUUGUGAAUUAAUUUACAUACCAAAAUUUUCUUUUGUUCCAAAUAUAUGCUAUAGGCAUACUGCACUUAAUGCCGCUGCAUCCUUCUUGGCUCCUUUUGGGGAUGAGAGGCACUCCUUGACUUAUGAAUAACAAGUUACUGUUUUGCCUUAUUGCUUAAUGUAGUGAAAUAAAGUGACAAAACUUGA